ACCUCCACCCUCGCUGGACGACACACACACCAUCCCUGGUGGGCUCCGACAGCCCCGAGCCCGUCACCAGGGACCCCUUCGACACCGAGGUGAUGGCCAGCACCCUGGCAGACACCGUCACCACCGUCAUGGGCAGCUCGCAGCCCGUCGUGAGCCGCGGCACCGCCGAAACCGCCGUCUACUGCUCCAUCCUGGCGGCCGUGUUGGUGGGGCUGGUGGCUUACAUCGCUUUCAAAAGGUGGAACAACUGCAAACAGAACAAGCAAGGGGCCAACAACCGCCCGGUGAACCAGACGCCUUCGCCGGAGGGGGAGAAGCUGCACAGCGACAGCGGCAUCUCGGUGGACAGCCAGAGCCUGCACGACCAGCAGCCGCCCAGCCAGAGCACCCAGGGGCCAGCGCCCAAGGGAGAUGGGAAUCUCUAUUCCAACCUGCCGGCCAGCAAGCAGGAGGAGGUGGAGAAGCUGCUGGGCAGCUCGGCGGAGGAGACGUGGAGGCAACUGGCCGGGGAGUUGGGCUACAAAGAGGAUCUCAUAGACUCCUUCACCCGGGAGGAAUCGCCCGCCCGGGCGCUCCUGGCCGACUGGUCCUCCAAGGAGACGGCCACCCUCGACACCCU